AUGGCAGCGAGACCACCACGGUUUGUAUUCUUCGUAGUGUUCUGCAUCACCAUCGGUGGGCUGCUCUUUGGCUACGACACGGGCGUGAUCUCCGGAGCCCUCGUGGUGCUCAAAGACGAGUGGAACCUGAGCAGUACGCAGCAAGAGUUUAUUGUCGGCGGCACAACACUCGGCGCCAUUGUCGGCGGCCUUUCUCCGGGUUCUUCGCCGACCGCUGGGCGGAUUUACGGCAAGAACGUCUCCGAGAGUAUAGUCGAUGAUGAGCUCGAGAGUAUGCGGCAGUCGAUGCGCACAGAGAACGCCACCCGCUAUAUCGACCUCCUGCGCGCAACCAACCUGAAACCACUGAUAGUCGCAUGUGUUCUGCAGUUGAUGCAGCAGUUUAGCGGGUUCAAUACGGCAAUGUACUACUCGGCGACGAUCCUGAAAAUGGCCGGGUUCGGGAGCACCAAAAGUGCGACGCAGUUCUCUAUUGCGAUUGCUGCCACCAAUAUGAUCAUGACCAUUGUGGCGAUCACCAUUAUUGAUCGCUUUGGUAGGCGCAAGCUGCUGCUCAUAUCUUUUGUCGGUAUGAUUAUUGGCUUGAUACUCCUGGGUAUUGCGUUUAUUUUUAUCGUCGGGCUGGUCAAGAUUACGAAGGAUUCAUGUAUAGAGUAUGUUAAGUGCGGCGCCUGCACACUGGACGACAAGUGCGGGUGGUCGCCGGGAUCCCUCAUGUGUACAACUAAGGGCGAUAGUGCGUUUGGGGAUUUGACGGACAUGUGCGAGUCCAUUACGUCUCGGGAUAAGGCCGGCACAUGGCUGGCGCUUGCCUCUCUGAUUUUCUACGUCGCCCUCUACGCCGUCGGUCUCGGCAACGUCCCAUGGCUCGUGCAGUCCGAGAUUUUUGCUCAGGGAAUCCGCAGUAAAGCGGGUAGUUUGGCGACGGCGACUAAUUGGGUGAGUAACUUUAUUAUUUCCGUCACUUUUCUCACUAUGACUUUGCACAUUACGGCGUCGGGCACCUUUUGGCUCUAUGCCGGUAUUCUGCUUAUUGGCCUGGUGUUUGUCUUCUUGGUCGUGCCAGAGACUAAGGGGCUUAAGCUGGAGGAUGUGCAGAAGUUGUUUGCUGGUAAUCAGCGCCCGUAUCGCAGACAGGGGGGCUGA